AUGAUGGAAUAUCCCCCGCAGUAUCAACAGCCUCAUGGCCAGCAUCCUCAUGCCUCGUCUCACAUCACUGCUCCCUACCAGACGGCUCCUCAAAAUGCAGGGUCAACAGUGGGGUCGAUGACUUCACCCACCAACCCCCAAGCACACAUGCAACAAGCUCAUCCUACACAUCAGGCGUCCCCCAUCGUCCCAUCACAGUCCCAUUAUCAACCGGCUCAAAAUGCGCCGGGCUCUGUACACCAGCAAAUGAAUUUCCCCCAGUCGUAUGGGGUCACCACGGCGAUGCCACAAACAUAUGGUAUCUCGCCCACCCAGGCGGCCGCCAUGGCCACCGCCGCAGCGUCGGGCCAAUUUUACCCUCUUCAUCAAGACUCUAUGGCUGGUCAGAUGGCCCCGGGCCCCCGUGGAUCACCACGUAUGGCCGGGGUGCAAGUGAAGAGCGACCGCAACCCUCGUUCCCCGCCACAGAUUCCUGGUCAGAUGCCCUCAAUGGGGUCUCAGGUCCAAAUGUCUCAGAACGCCCAAAUGCAGCAACGUCGCAUGAGCCAUGUUAGCAGCCCCCAUGUCCAGAAUGCCCAGCCAGUCCUGAACCAUGUUGUUCGGCCUUCGGUGCCUCCAUCCAUGCCGCCUCCACCUCAACCACCUGUUCAGCAGAGUCAACACUCUCCUGAUAUGGUGGCUGGUGCCGCGGAAGAGUCGCCCUUAUACGUCAAUGCGAAGCAAUUCCACCGCAUUCUGAAACGACGAGUGGCUCGCCAAAAACUCGAAGAGCAAUUGCGACUCACGUCUAAGGGCCGUAAACCGUAUCUCCAUGAAUCACGCCAUAAUCAUGCCAUGCGCCGCCCUAGGGGUCCUGGCGGGCGAUUUUUGACGGCUGACGAAGUGGCUGCUAUGGAGAAGAAGCAGGGAACCUCUGUGACCACUGGGCAUGAGAUGACUGAUAACAGUGCGAUGAAGCCGACUGGAGACAAUCCUCCGUCCGCACAUAAACGGAAAUCAAGUGAUGUUAACGAUGACACUAUCAACUCGUCUAAGAAGACGAAGACCAGUGCGCCGAAAACAAGCACUAGCGCGGACGAGAGUGAAAAUGAAUCUGCUGAGCUGUCUGAUGAGGACGGUUGA